AUGACAAGACUUGCACUUAUCCCAUUUUGUCUUCUAUCUACUUCAUCUUUUGUCACACCCACCGCAACCCCAUCAAACCAAAACCUUAUUUAAGCAAAAUUUGUCUUAACAAGUAACGAGGAAACCAUCUUACAUAAGUAAAUGUAUACAAGGAGCUUCCAUUUUUUGACCCUUUUUAAAAUCAUUUUUGGCCUAAACUUGAAGUAACUCACUUUCUCAAUUCUCAAACAAAACGUGUCAUUUCCCUUCAUUGUACACGACUUCUUCUCUCUCAUGGCUUCCACCCCAAGAUUCCCUCCUUCAUUCCCACCACUUCACCGAAUCAAAAAACCAAUCUUUUUUACAAACACUGAAACCCCAUCAAACCCUUUUGUCCAAUUAAGCUUCCCUAUGCUAUUUGCUUUAUGGUUUAUAUGCCUUGCAAGUUGUAAAGUUUCAAGCUUUUGAAUUGUGAUGUAUUCAAUACAAUACAAUAUAAUAAUUAAUAUAGUAAGAUAUUAUGGGGAGGUUGUGUGUUUGUGUAUUGGAAGCAAAAGAUCUUCCAGUGAAUGAGUCUUAUGUGAAGCUCAAGCUUGGGAAGUUGAAGUCUAAGACUACAAGGAUAGUGAGGAACACUUGCAACCCAAUUUAGAAUGAGGAGUUUGCUUUGAAGGUGCAUGAUUUGGAGCAAGUGCUUCUUGUCUCUGUUGUUAGUAAUACUCAUCAUGGUGGUGGUGAUGAAUCAAGGGUCAUCAAUGGUGGUUCUGUGGAACUUGUGGUUGGUGAAGUGAGGGUUCUUGUUGGUUCUAUUGCAUCUGCUGAUAAACAAACCUUGCCCCCAACUUGGUUCAAUCUUGAAAGUCCUAAUAGUGGGAAAUUUUUCAACAAAUAUUGCGGGAAAAUUCUACUUACCAUAUCUCUUCAUAGUAAAAGCCAUUUCAACCACACACAUUCACAAAACUUGAGUGUUGUAACUGAAGACUCAAAAGACUUGGAAUCUCCACAAAUUUCAUCUAACAAAAUGGGUGAUACUAAAAGGUUGCUGAAGGUUAUUGCUAACCGUUUAGAUAGGAUCUUCAACAAGAAAGAUGGAAGUUCAUCAAAAGCUGAGGAUUCUCCUGAAACAUCCACUAUUUUAUCUGAUUCUGAAGAUUUUGUAGAAAGUUUAUCUUCUCCUUGUAGCUUUGAAGAAGCAAUUGCACUAAUGGAAUCCGGAGAUAACAAACAGGAGAUGCCAGAUAACUUGCCGGGUGGUGUCCUGGUGGAUCAGGUUUAUGUAGUAUCUCCAUAUGAUCUUAAUGCAUUUCUUUUCGCACCGAAUUCACAGUUUAGGAAAGAUUUGGCAGAACUGCAGGGGACAACAAAUAUGCAAGAAGGGCCUUGGACAUGGAAACAUGGGGACACAUCUUGUUUAAUGCGAGUUGUUUCGUAUACAAAAGCAGCUUCGAAGCUAGUUAAGGCUGUUAAUGCCACUGAAGAGCAAAGCUAUGUUAGAGUGAGUAAGGAUGAAUUUGCAGUACUUGUUAGUGUAAGCACACCUGAGGUUCCAUAUGGGAGCACAUUUCGGGUUGAAUUGCUUUACAAGAUAAUGCCGAGUGGCGAAUUAUCUUCUGGAGAGAAAUCAUCACAUCUUGUGGUAUCAUGGGGCAUGAUGUUCCUACAGAGCACAAUGAUGAAAGGAAUGAUAGAAGGGGGAACUAGACAAGGACUGAAGGAGAGUUUUGAUCAGUUCUCCGACCUACUUGCUCGAAAUUUCAAGGUGCUAGAUUUGGCAGACUUAUCAGACAAGGAACAUGUGUUGGCAACUUUGCAGACAGAGGACCCUUGGAAUUGGUGGACGGCAAUCAAAUACUUUUCGAAUUUCACGGUAGUUUCCACUUUGUUUAUGCUGUUAUAUGUUUUGCUGCAUAUUUCGCGGUGCAGUCCAAGGGAACCUCGCGGCUUGGAAUUCAAGGGACUUGAGUUGCCAGAUAGCUUUGGAGAGCUUGUUACAAGUGCAAUUUUGAUCAUUCAGUUGCAUCGUGUUUACAAUAUGGUUGUUCACUUUGUGCAGGCUAGAUUUCAGAUGGGAACUGAUCAUGGCCUAAAAGCCAAUGGGGAUGGUUGGGUUGUUACAGUGGCUUUAAUUGAGGCGGUCGAUUUAGCAUCCUUGGAGUCCACAGGGUUGUCGGACCCCUAUGUAAUUUUAACCUGCAAUGGACAAACAAGGUCAAGCUCAGUGAAGCUUCAAACAUCUGAUCCUCAAUGGAAUGAGAUAUUAGAGUUUGAUGCUAUGGAAGAACCACCAUCGGUUUUAGAUGUGGAAGUUUUCGAUUUUGAUGGUCCAUUUGACCAGGAUGUUUCGCUAGGACGUGCCGAGAUCAAUUUCCUAAAGCACACAUCGACAGAAUUGGCCGACAUGUGGAUUGUGCUUGAAGGAAAGCUCGCCAAAUCCGCACAAUCGAAGCUGCAUCUGAGGAUUUUCUUGGACAAUAAUAAAGGAGUCGAAACGAUUAAGGAAUAUUUGGAGAAAAUGGAAAAGGAAGUAGGAAGAAAGUUGAAUCUUCAAUCGCCUCAACGAAAUUCUACAUUCCAGAAGCUGUUUGGUUUGCCUCCAGAAGAAUUUCUAAUCAAAGAAUUCACAUGUUACCUGAAAAGAAAAAUGCCUUUACAGGGAAGGAUGUUUCUUUCGGCUAGGAUUCUUGGGUUUUAUGCCAAUCUUUUUGGACAUAAAACCAAAUUUUUCUUCCUUUGGGAAGACAUAGAGGACAUACAAGUUCAUCCUCCAACAUGGGCAUCAGUAGGAAGCCCUAUACUGGUCAUAAUUCUGCGGAAAGGUCGAGGAAUCGAUGCAAGGCAUGGCGCGAAGUCUAUAGACGAAGAAGGAAGGCUUAGGUUCCAUUUUCAGUCAUUUGCAUCGUUCGGUGUGGCCUCCAGAACGAUUCGAGCCUUGUGGAGAGCAAGAACACUGCCCUACCAGAAAGAACAAGUUAUGGAAGAGCAUGAAGAACAAGAAGAAGGCUUUGUAAUUCCUGAAGACUCUGAAUAUGUCAUGGACAAUGAAGGAAAAAGAUCCAAGAUAUAUUCUGCAGAAUUUCCAAUCAAGAUGAGAUCAAUGAUGGGAAUUUUUGAUGGAGGAAGCUUGGAACAUAGAAUUAUGCAGAGAGCAGGUUGUAUGAACUAUGAAACUACUUCGUGGGAGCCGAUAAAGCCGGAUGUCUUUGAAAGGCGCGUUUCGUACAGAUUCAAUCGUCAAAUGUCAGUUUUUGGCGGCGAUGUCACAUGCACACAACAGAAGUUUCCAAAUGCAGACACUGGAGGUUGGAUUGUGAAUGAGGUUAUGACUCUUCAUGGUGUCCCAUUUGCUGAUCACUUCCAUAUAAAUUUUAGGUACGAAAUUGAGAAAUGUGGUAUUGAUGAAAGUGGUUGCAAGUGUGAUAUAUACAUUGGAAUUGUGUGGCUCAAGAGCUCUGAUUUUCAGCAAAGGAUAGAUAGGAACAUAUCAACCAAGUUUACCAUUAGAGUGAAGGAAAUAUUUGAACAGGUUCAGAAAGAGAUCUUGUUAAUGUCUCAGAAUUUUAAUGGACAUUAGCACUUCCUAAUUAAAUAUAAGAUAUAACACUGAAAAAAUUAUAAUAAUAAUAAUAAUAAAGGCUAACGAGUUUAAUAUAUAGAAUUUAAUUUUGAUGCACUGUAAAAUAUUUGACACUGUUGUACAAUCACAUCUGUUUACUUUUGUUGAUGUGAUAUUAUGUAAUUUGAUGUACGUAUAA